AUGGAGGGUGGCCAGGCCUCGACCAACACCACCCCCGCAGGCAACUCCAGCGAUUUUGUGCGAAAGCUCUACAAAAUGCUGGAAGACCCCUCAUAUUCGGAGAUUGUGCGUUGGGGGGAUGAAGGUGACAGUUUUGUGGUCUUGGAGUGCGAAAAAUUCACCAAGACCAUCCUUCCCAAACACUUCAAACACAGCAAUUUCGCCAGUUUCGUGCGACAGCUGAACAAGUACGAUUUCCACAAAGUGAGGCAAAAUAAUGAGGAGAAUGGGCAGUCGCCAUACGGCCAGAAUGCAUGGGAGUUCAAGCAUCCCGAAUUCCGGGCCAACAGCAAGGAUUCGCUCGACAAUAUUCGACGAAAGGCGCCAGCCCCCCGUAAACAGGCCCAGAACAAUGAGGACUCGGUCCCCACGCAGCAGAUCGAUCUUUUGAACCAGCAAAUCGUGGCACAGCAGCAACAGAUCCAACACCUUUCCGACCGAUAUGCGCAGUUGACGGUCGACCACCAGCUUAUGCUACAGGAGGUCAUGAGAGUCCAGAAGACAGUUCUCAAUCACGAACAUGUAAUUCACCAGGUCAUGAAUUAUCUCCUGUCGGUGGACGCCCGCCAAAGGCGCGACAGCAAAGCGGGAGCGCCUUUCCAGAGCCAGGGCCAGGGCGGCUCGACCGUGAGCCCUUCCCAGGUGGCGUCAAUGGAUGAUGAGCCCUCGUCUCCCUUGCAGCAAGCCUCCAAGCUUUUGAACGACAUGAAUGCCGAAAUUCAAUUCAGUCUCGGCAGCCUCGACUCCGUGACCACCGAUCCCUCCAAGACGGCCCCCGUCGCGUCCACUCCUUCCCUGGAAACCGCGCCCCGGAAUGGCGUGGCGCGCCCACCCACCGCGGCGGCCGCAAACCCGGCGCUGGUCUAUCCCAAGAUGAACGGGGAAAUCGAACCUGUGGUGUAUCCCGUUGGCGCAACAAACGGAAUCGAUCCUAUGUACAGCGAGCAUGUGAAUAACGUCCCGUAUCCUAUGCCUCCAAAACAGGAGAUCGACGAGAGCCGAAAACAGUUCCCCGACAACCGGAAAAAGAGUACGAAUGUCGACCCCGGUUGGAUGCGCAGCCCGCAUAUUUUACUUGUGGAGGACGACGCCACCUGUCGCCAAAUUGGCGGAAAGUUCCUUUAUUCCUUCUCCUGUGUCAUUGAUACCGCGUUCGAUGGGCUCGAGGCUGUAAACAAGAUCCAAGACGGCUCCAAAUAUGAUCUUAUAUUGAUGGAUAUCAUCAUGCCGAACUUGGACGGUGUUUCUGCGUGCCAUUUGAUUCGGCAGUUUGACCGAACACCGAUUAUCGCUAUGACUUCGAACAUUCGAAGUGAUGAUAUUCAGCUUUAUUUCCAGCAUGGAAUGGAUGAUGUGCUUCCGAAACCUUUUACACGGAAGAGUCUUCUCGACAUGUUAGAAAAACACUUGGUUCAUCUGAAAAAUAUGUCCCAGGGCAUCGAAGCUUCGCAGGCUACACCAGCAGCGGUCACCAUGGCCACUCAAAGUUCAGCUGGGCAAUCAGUCAAGGAGGACAGCUCCCCCGGCCAAUCGCCCGCAGCAUCGAUGAACAACUGGCAGUCUCCAGGCCAGUUCCAAGGCAUGGCUGCAGUUCAUCCUAAUAUGCAGCCAGUUCAAGGCCAGUAUGUGCCUCCUACCCCGACUGCUGCCGCGUAUGCAGUGGAUCAAAAUGGGGUGCAAUACCCGACAGCAGCGCCUGUAGCAAUCCCUGCGGCAGCUGCGGCACGACCACAGCCCCGACGGCCAGUUUCGGAUAUGUCCAGCACAGCCGAAAACCCCAAUGUUGCCAAGCGACCACGGGUUUUUGCACAUCAACAAACCCAGCCGAUGGUAAAUCCCUUGCAGGCUACGCGAACGGGCUAA